AUUUUCUUCCAAAACAGGAAGUGUUUCCAUGAAAAUCACGGGCUAAGUAGAUGCCAGAAGAAUAAAAUUUUACCUUGCGACAAGGGAAAGGUACCUAUUCAGGAACAAGAACAUUUCCUCUCUUUUGUACCUUGUAAGUAAUCAUCGUUCUACAGGAAUAUAUCAAAACUUUGUAAUUGUAAAGUAUUUGUGGAACCAGCACUUCUAAAACCAACUAAGUCGACGGAAAAAUUAUAACUAAGCAGCACAGUCCCCAUCAUUGCCCUUGCACAUAAAAUCUCCAGCACCUUGUGUUGAAGGAAAACAAAAGGAAAGAAAAUGGAUAUCAGCAACUUGUCCAAACGUGCUCAAGAAUUGUGGAAUGAAUGGGAGAUUCGCUCACUGAUUUUGUUAAGUCUGUUUCUCCAAAUCUUGCUCAUCGUCAUUGGAGAUCGGCGGAAGUACUACACUGGAAUCGUGCUUGGAGGCCUUGUCUGGAUAGCAUACUUGUCCGCGGAUUCGGUGACAAUUUAUGCAUUGGGUAGUGUUUCCCGUAGCCAAGGAGUUUCGGGAACAAAUCGUAUCAAUCCAACUUCAAACAAUAUUCCAGCAUUUUGGGCACCAAUUCUCCUUGUACACCUUGGUGGCCCUGACACUAUCACUGCUUAUGCACUGGAAGACAACGAAUUGUGGUUAAGACACCUUCUCCGGCUAGCAACUCAAGCUUCUACAGCUUCUUAUUUCCUGUUCAAAUCAUGGGGUAAGGAUCCACUCAUAUAUAUAGCCAUUCCCAUCUUUGUUGCUGGAAUUACCAAGUUUGGAGAAAGGAUUUUGGUUCUCUGGCUAGCAAGCUCCAAGAAGUUUAGGGACAUCGAAAAUGAAGAAGUGGAUACUUUCCAGAGCCAAUUUGGCAAGAAAUUUCGAUCUGUUGGCUUUUUUGACAUGUCUGAGGAAGACUUGAAUAAAGGUUUAGAAUUUAACAACAUAAUACCUGAGGCUGUGUAUCUCCAUGAAGCACAUUUUUUAUUUCAAAUGUUCAAGAUAUUUUAUGCAGAUCUCGCGCUUAGCCAUUCUAGCCAUAUGGCAAGCUAUCGUAUCCUGAGUAGCAAGAAGAAAGCCACAGAAGCCUUCAAAGUGAUAGAAGUCGAGUUGGGAUUUAUGUACGAUGUGCUUUUUACGAAGGUGACAAGUGUUUGUUCAACGCGUACAAUUCUUCGCUCCAUCAGUUUCCUAUCUUUUACUUCUGCAUUGGUCGCCUUCUCGUUGAUGGUCGCGAACAAGUGUGCCUAUACAGGAACCGAGGUAAUUAUUUCAUACAUCUUGCUGGGAGGAGGAGUGGUUCUUGAGAUAUAUGGAUUCAUCAUGCUUCUCUUAUCUGAAUGGGCUAUGCUUCGGCUUAGCUUGCUAAAAAAGCCAUGGGCCGAUUUUGUCUAUCGAGCUAUCUAUUCUGACAAUAACAAAAGGUGGGAAAGAAAAAUGGCUCGACACGACUUAACAGAUGCUCAAAUAACCAAGAACGGAUCAGCUUUGCGGACGAUGGUCAUAAAUUCGUUGGCAUGUAAACCAACAGCCAAAGUUUGUUUUCUGAAGUUGAUAGGCAAGGAUAACAUUCAAAGUUGGGAGGUUAUCAGUGAGGAAUUAAAAGAAUUAAUUUGGGAAUACCUCAAAGACAAACGUUCGAGAUAUAGUCAUGAAAUGCCUCAACCUGAUCCUGGCAUGAAUGAUUUGAAGGAGAUAUUGGCUGAAAGAGGUGAUCAGGUACUGAAAAGCAUGGGAUGCUUGGAAGAAUUUCGUUGGGCUGUGGUUGAAAUAGACUUUCAUGGGAGCCUCCUUUUAUGGCACAUUGCCACUGAUAUUUGCUAUCAUGAUGAUAUUCGCAAUAACAAAGUUGAUGCAAAUAAUCAACUUUGCAAAAUGAGCAGAUCCUUAUCUAAUUACAUGUUGUAUCUUCUAAGUGAACCUCCAAAUAUGCUGCCUAAAGGGAUUGGUCAGGCAAGGUACAAGCAAACCGGCAUUCAACUCACCGAAUUCUCGUGGUGCUGGAGAUCGGAAAUAAUAACACCUACUCAUUGGGGUUCUGAAGAGUUUUUGAAUGAAAUAAAAAAAAAUGGAAACAAUGUGUCAAUGCUACAUGAUGCUUGCAAGCUCGCUAAGGAAUUACAAUCUCUGGAGAAUAAUUGGACCAACGAAAAAAAGUGGAGGAUGAUAAGUCAAAUAUGGGUGGAGAUGUUGGCUUAUGCAGCAUCUAAUUGUGGAUGGAAAGAGCAUGCUCAAGCACUUACACGUGGUGGGGAGCUACUCACUCGUGUGUGCCUUCUCAUGGCGCAUUUGGGUUUAAGCGAGCAGUGUCUAACAAGUGUGAAAACCAGUUCCGGGGAAGCUCAUAAUCCAUAG